CAGGGGGUUAGUCCCAGCGACCGCAGGUGGGCCAUGCAGUCGCUGCGCUUCAUCUCUGCGGUGGCCCUGGUGUCCCACCCCCUGGGGGCCCAGCAGAGCCUGGACGCCGUGGCCCUUAAUCUAUACCCGCUGCUCUUCAAAGCCAGCUACCUGCUGGAGCAAUCCGCCGUGAUCCGCCUUCUUCUCGAGCACUGGCCACUGGAGGAGUUUCGGCUGGGCCCUCUGCUGGGUCCGAGCGCGGACCACGCGGGGGACCUGCGGGACCGGGCCUGCCGGGCCUGCCUGGAGGCCUGCAUGCGCGGCCUGGCCGAUCACGUGCUCCAGGGCGGGGGCUGCCGGCGGCUGCGGGUGGCUGACCUCACCGGCAUCCGAGAUGUGCAGGUGCAGAGGUGCCCCUGCGGGCGGGCGCUGGGCAGGUGGGGCCGGACGGAGCUGCUGGCCAGGACCUGCUGCGAGCUGCAGGAGCAGCCCUGCGCCACCCGGCGCCCCGUCGAGGUCCUGGCCGACGUCUUCGUCACCGCGGGCAACUUUGAGGCGGUGGCGCGCGCCCUGGGGCCGGCGGGUCCCGGCCCUCUGCGCAUGCGCUGCCUCUCGCUGCGGGCGGACAGCCUGGACCCGGGACGGCUGCUGCACGUGCUGCGCCUGGCAGGGCCCCGCGAGCUGCGCCGGCUGGAGGUGGUGCACAACGUGCGUCUGCACGCAGGCCACGUGCAGCAGCUGCUGGCCUCGGGGGGCUUCCCGCGGCUGGUCUCACUCACCCUGCCCGCCAAGGCCUUUGACGCGCCGCCCACCAGCACCCCUGCCCCUGACGGCGAGGAGCCCCUGCUCGCCUCCAUCGCCUGGGCGCUCAGCAGGAUGACGCAGCUAACCGAGCUGCACGUGGCCUUCUCCACGCUGACCGGGAAGCUGCAGACACUGCUUGGCCCCCUCCGGACGCCGCUGAGAGUGCUGGACGUGGGCAACUGCGCCCUGAACCAUGAAGACAUGACCUUCUUGGCGAACUGCAUCCACGCGGCCCACCUGGAGGUGCUGGACCUCAGCGGGCACUGUCUGGUGGAUCUGUUCCCGGCCACCUUCCACCGGCUGCUGGGCCAGGCAGCCCCCACGCUGAGGGCCCUGACCCUGGAGGAGUGCGGCCUCGAGGACCGGCACGUGGGCGCGCUGAGCCUGGCGCUGGGCACCUGCCGCCGGCUGCGGGAGCUGCGCUUCCUGGGGAACCCGCUGUCGGGCCGCGCGCUCCGGCGCCUCUUCACCGCCCUCUGCGAGCUCCCCCGGCUGCGGUGCGUGGAGUUCCCAGUGCCCCGGGACUGCUACCCUGAGGGCAGCGCCUACCCCCAGGACGAGCUGGCCAUGUCCAAGUUCGACCAGCAGAAAUACGACGCCAUUGCGGCAGACCUGCGCGCGGUGCUGCUGCGCGCCGGCCGGGACGACAUCCAGGUCUCCACACCCCUCUUCGGGAGUUUCGACCCAGACAUUCAGGAAACCAGCAAUGAACUCGGAGCUUUCUUGCUGCAAGCUUUCAAAACCGCUCUAGAAAACUUCUCCAGAGUGCUGAAACAGAUGGAGUAGACCCUGCACGUCCGAGGCGGGUGCGUCUGCAGCUCGGCCUCCAGGCUCCCCGCCCCCCGGCUAUCCCCCCGCCCACCAACUGGGCGCCUCCUGGUGAAAACACCCGGGCGCUGCUGCGGGAGCGCGGCCCUGACUCCGCCCUUUCCCUGGGAGCAAAGACAGAACGGGGGUCUUACUGAGCCCCACGCUCAGGGUUGGGGGGGGAGCAGGCCGGACGCCCAACAGUGGGAGCUGAGGAGCUGCGCAGGCAGUAAGGGGUCGAGUGAGCUGCAGGGGCAGGACCGGCGCUCGGGUGCUGGGAGGACAGGCCAGUGUGAGCACAGAAGGACAGAGGAUACCUCUCUGGACACACGGAUGAAAGCGACCAGCCGGGGGGAGUGAAAGCGAGGGGCGCACCGGGCCCCGGGCUGCAGGGUACAGGUGUCUGCCGCGCUGCCCUGUAUGAAUAUUUAAACCCCUGUCCAGCGAGGACAUUGGCUUUGCUGGUUAAUGGCUCUUCCUGCCCUCCGGCCUGCAAGUGGUAGGCGAGGGCUCCGCUGUUGCCAGGCCGAGCCCAGAGAGGGGUGACCUCUGGCUCUGAUACCUCCACCGACCCUGGGCUUGGGUUGCGCCUUCUGGCAGCUGAGUCCUGGAGCUUCAGGAGUGGUUAAUUCCAAUGUUUGGACUUGGUUUCUACUAAGAUCAGAUUUGUGCAGAGUGCUGCCUAUUAAGGUAAUUAAAUAUUAAUGCUAAUAAAACAGAC